CGUCACCGGAGCGCGCCUGCUUUCUGAGGUCCGCUUCAGGUGUAGUGCGGGGCUGGCGAGUUGGCUGGCUCCUUCUGCCUUGGAGCUCCGUCGGGCUCUAACCCCACAGCGCAGGGCGCCGGGCCGGACCGGCAGCCGCGGCCAGAUGAUCUGAGGGAAGGCACAGUCAUCUGUUUCAAGGUUGACAGUCGCCAAUGUCUCCCAAGAAGUGAGGUCAAGGCCUUGCUUCUGUCAUGUGUUCCUUGAAGUCACUGAGAGUCUUCUGUAUGGCAGGCACAGAGCUCAGCUCCAUGAACUCAGCAGGAAAGCCCUGCCUUUAGAGACAACAGAGCACUGCUGCUCUGAUGCUGGUCACUGUUAGGAGGUUACUCACAGCUCUGCUGCAGGCUCGGAAGCAGCCCUUUCAGCCCUCCAGAGACAUGAGACUGGUGCAGUUCCAGGCACCCCACUUGGAGGGGCCUCACCUGGGCCUGGAGGCUGGGAAUGAUGGGGGGGUCAUUGACCUCAACGCAUUUGACCCCACACUCCCCAAGACGAUGUUGCAGUUCCUGGAGCAGGGAGAGGCCACCUUGUCAGUGGCAAGAAGAGCCCUGACAGCCCCGUUGCCCGUCCUCCCACGGUCAGAGGUGACCUUCCUAGCCCCAGUCACACGGCCAGACAAGGUGGUAUGUGUGGGCAUGAAUUAUGUGGACCACUGCAAAGAACAGAACGUGCCUGUGCCCAAGGAACCCAUCAUCUUCAGCAAGUUUGCUAGCUCCAUCGUGGGGCCCUACGAUGCGGUGGUCCUCCCACCAGAGAGCCAGGAGGUGGACUGGGAGGUGGAGCUGGCCGUGGUCAUUGGAAAGAAAGGCAAACAUAUCAAGGCCACAGAUGCCAUGGCUCACGUGGCUGGCUUCACUGUGGCCCAUGAUGUGAGUGCUCGGGACUGGCAAAUGAGACGCAAUGGGAAGCAGUGGCUGCUGGGAAAAACCUUCGAUACCUUCUGCCCCUUGGGCCCUGCCUUGGUUACCAAGGACAGUAUAGCAGAUCCCCACAACUUAAAGAUCUGCUGCCGCGUGAACGGGGAGGUGGUCCAGAGCAGCAACACCAGCCAGAUGGUGUUCAAGACGGAGGAGCUGAUCGCCUGGGUCUCCCAGUUUGUCACUCUUUACCCAGGGGAUGUCAUCCUUACCGGGACCCCCCCAGGUGUUGGUGUGUUCAGGAAGCCACCUGUCUUUCUCAAGAAGGGUGACGAAGUCCAGUGUGAGAUUGAAGAACUUGGCAGCAUCAUCAACAAGGUGGUGUGACAGCUUCCUCACGAGCUCCAGCUAAGGUGGAGCCUCUGCUGUGCCACUUGGCCCAAUGCUGCUCCUCUAGGUAGGAGGAAGGAAGGUGGAGCUCUACAAUAAAUUCAAGUCGAAGCUUAGCUUA